GUGGUGUCAAUGAGCAGGCAAGGUAAGAGAGUCUUCUGCUCAGCAAGGUUUCACCACGGGUAGCUAGUUCUUCGUGCUGUACCCAUUCCAUUGGCUUGUUUACCAGGAUUAUAGCUUUGCAAAGAUGACAAUGGAUGCUCUGCAACUAGCGAACACUGCCUUUGCAGUUGAUAUGUUCAAAAAACUAUGUGAGAAGGAUAAAACAGCCAAUAUUAUAUUUUCCCCACUGUGUACCUCAACGUCUCUGGCUCUGGCAUAUAAAGCUACAAAAGGUGAUACUGCAGACCAAAUGAAACAGGUACUCCAUUUAAAAGAUGUCAAAGAUGUUUCUUUUGGGUUUCAAACAAUAACUUCAGACGUUUCCAAACUCAGCUCUUUCUUUGCAUUGAAAAUGGUCAAACGGCUCUUUGUAGAGAAGUCUCUUAAUCCUACCACAGACUUUGUCAACUCUACAAAGAGGCCUUUUCCAUCUGAACUGGAAUUAGUGGAGUUCAAAGAAAAACCUGAGGAAACCCGGCAGAAGAUCAACAAAUCUCUUUCAGAGCUAACUGAUGGCAAAAUGGAGAAUAUUUUGAAUGAGGACAGUGUAAGUGACCAGACCCAGAUCCUCCUUGUUAAUGCAGCUUAUUUCAUCACAAAUUGGAUGAAGAAGUUUCCAGAGGCAGAGAUCAAAGAAUGUCCUUUUAAAGUCAAUAAGACUGAAACUAAACCAGUGCAAAUGAUGAAUCUGGAAGCUACUUUUUGCCUGGGCUAUGUAAAAGAAUUAAAUGUUGCCAUCCUUGAGUUGCCAUGCCUUAACAAACAUAUAAGCAUGCUCAUUAUGCUGCCCAAAGAGAUUGAAGAUGAGACCACUGGCUUGGAGAAGCUGGAAAAGGCACUCACCCCAGAGACAUUAUUACAGUGGACCAAUCCCAGCAUGAUGGCUAACACCAAAGUGAACGUAUUUCUCCCAAAGUUUAGCGUGGAAGGUGAUUAUGAUCUGAAGCCACUUCUGGAAAGCCUAGGAAUGACAAAUGUCUUCAAUGAGAAUGCAUCCGAUUUCUCCGAGAUGUGUGAGGCCAAAGGUGUGGUUAUGUCAAAAAUCAUCCAUAAAGUGUCUCUGGAAGUAAAUGAACAAGGUGGCGAGUCACUAGAGGUACCAGGAUACCGGAUUCUGCAGCACAAAGAUGAAUUUAAAGCUGACCAUCCAUUUAUCUUUUUGUUUAGGCACAACAAAACCCGUAAUGUGAUUCUUUCAGGCCGAUUCUGUUCUCCUUAAUCAGAGUGUAUUCAUUAUGAAAAAGCACAAUUACAUUUAUGGUGGUGCAUUUUCCUAUAAAGCUUGGCAUCCUGACUACCACCUCUGAAAGGAAAUCUGGGAGUUUCGUAUAUGAGUGGGGUAGUACAAUGUACUCUACAUAUGCAGCAGGACUAGUUUAUCUUCUUAUGUUUCAUCCCCUUAAGCUGAAGGAUUCUCACUGUGAAGAACACAUCGUGUUUUACUGAGAAGUAUGCCAGCCUCGGCAAUGAAUAUAUUUUGUUGUUCUAUGACAUCUUUUUCCCCAAACAAAGUGAAAUGAGAGAUUGUUUUAGAUAGACCAGGAGUUGGAAAGGGCUCUGGGAGGAAGGGCUACAUUUCUGCUCCCUAGCCAAACUACUCUUCCUUGUGAUCCAUGCUCUGUGGAUUCCUACUGCCUAGAAGGGGAAAAUGUCGACAUGUGGUGUGACAGCCCUCUCCUUGUACCUGGCUACACCCUGGUGGUCCAGGGUGCUCUGUUGAAUCCUGCCCAUGCUCAGUGAAACACUGCCCAAGUUCGGCAGCCUAGCUAGACAAUUCAGCCUAGCAUCAGAGUUUGCAUCUGUGAAACAGCAGCUGCACUGAGACCUGUGGAUGCAAGAGGCAAUAACCAUGGUGACAGAACGUUUACCCAGAAGACUCUUCAGCGUAAACUGCUUUGGUUUGUAAAUUGGACUCUGCUGUGUGGAUUUUUUU